GAGCGGCGGCAGCGACGGUGGCGGUGGUGGCUGCAGGCGCAAGCAGGCGGCAGGUGCUAGAAGCGGGGCUGGGCGAGGUGUGUGCCCGCUGGGCUCCGGGGCCGCCGCUCCCUCGCUGCCCGCGUCUUUCCCUCCCUUCGGGAUUCCCCCCGUGGUCAGCCCCCUGUCUCCGCACCCCGGCCCAUGGAGCCCCGCGGUUGAGCCGGCGCCGCCAGGGACCCCUCCCGCGGGCCUCCCCGGGGCGCGCAGAUCCCGGAGCCGCCCGCCCACCCUCCGUGGAGUCUCCCUCCCUUCCUCGCCCGAGCCGGGCGGGACCAUGGCUGCUAAGCUGCGAGCGCAUCAGGUGGACGUGGAUCCGGACUUCGCGCCGCAGAGCCGGCCGCGCUCGUGUACCUGGCCCCUGCCGCAGCCCGACUUGGCCGGCGACGAGGACGGAGCGCUGGGUUCAGGGGUGGCUGAGGGCGCCGAGGACUGCGGGCCGGAGCGCCGGGCUACGGCCCCGGCAAUGGCCCCAGCGCCGCCGCUGGGCGCGGAGGUCGGACCGCUGCGGAAAGCGAAGAGCUCCCGGCGGAACGCGUGGGGGAACCUGUCCUACGCCGACCUCAUCACCAAAGCCAUCGAGAGCGCCCCGGACAAGCGACUCACGCUCUCGCAAAUCUACGACUGGAUGGUCCGUUACGUGCCCUACUUCAAGGAUAAAGGCGACAGCAACAGCUCGGCCGGCUGGAAGAACUCCAUCCGGCACAACCUGUCGCUGCACACCCGUUUCAUCCGCGUGCAGAACGAGGGCACCGGCAAGAGCUCCUGGUGGAUGCUGAACCCUGAGGGCGGAAAGACAGGCAAGACCCCGCGGCGGAGGGCCGUGUCCAUGGACAACGGGGCCAAGUUCCUGCGUAUUAAGGGCAAGGCGAGCAAGAAGAAGCAGCUGCAGGCACCUGAGCGAAGCCCGGAUGACAGUCCCCCAGGCGCACCAGCCCCGGGGCCCCUGCCUGCCGCUGCCAAGUGGGCCACCAGCCCGGCCUCCCACGCCAGCGAUGACUACGAGGCAUGGGCUGACUUCCGCGGCGGCGGGAGACCCCUGCUCGGGGAGGCGGCCGAAUUGGAGGACGACGAGGCCCUGGAGGCCCUGGCGCCUUCGUCCCCGCUCAUGUACCCGAGCCCGGCAAGCGCGCUGUCCCCCGCGCUGGGUGCGCGCUGCCCCGGGGAGCUGCCCCGCCUGGCCGAGCUGGGGGGCCCAUUGGGCCUGCACGGGGGCGGCGCGGGGCUGCCUGAGGCCCUGCUGGACGCGCCGGGUGGCCUCCUGCUGGACGCGCUGCCAGGGCCGUAUGCGGCCGCUGCCGCCGGGCCGCUGGGGGCCGCGCCCGACCGCUUCCCGGCCGACCUGGACCUCGACAUGUUCAGCGGGAGCCUCGAGUGCGACGUCGAGUCCAUCAUCCUCAACGACUUCAUGGACAGCGACGAAAUGGACUUCAACUUCGACUCGGCUCUGCCUCCGCCGCCGCCCGGCCUGGCCGGGGCCCCGCCCCCCAAUCAAAGCUGGGUGCCGGGCUGAGGGCCGCCUCCCUCGCCCCGGGUGCCCCGCCCUGCCCCCAAGGGGCUGCUGUCUUCCCACCCUGACUCCCUGGGCCCCAUCCCCAAUUCCAGCUCCACAGGGGGGAUCCAGGAGGCAGCCCUAGGCCAGCUAGGAAAGUCCCUCAAAAGUUGCCCCCUGAGGGAAGCGGUAGGGAGGGGCUGGGGCACCUGCCAUUCCUGCCCAAACUCCUGGGACCCGCUGCUGCUCCUCCGCAGUCCUGGGGCUGGAAGCCUGGGCGGAGCGGAAUUUCGGGCUGGGUGGGAGUGGGAAUGAGCCAGGUGGGCGGCUCUGGUCGGCGAUGCCAACCGGGAGAUGUGGCACGGGGCCAGGGGCGGCUCCGAAUCUUCGUUUCAUUUGUGGGGGCCCUCGCCGCGACAGCCCACCCCAAACUCCGAUCUCAUUCCCAAUGGACACCUUCCCGCUGGUCUUAGCUCCACUCACCCAAGCCAGGAACCCUCUCCGGAAAACACUCACACCUACCUAUUGGUUGUUCACCCGAGCUGUUUUCCUUCAGCCCUCAACUACCCUUAGAGCCCCAUACCCAUGGUUCAGCCCCUCCCUCCUAUCUCUGCAGGCCCUAACUUCUCCUCUCCUCUCAGGUUGGAGUCAACCCCGCCUCUUCCCUCCUCCCCCGUUCCCCCCAAUACUGGUCUCAGCCUCUGCAGCAGGCCUCAGCUCCGGAUCCACCCCAAAACCGACACCCCCCCAAAUCCUUUCUCCGUUCCAGUUCUGCCUCCUCUCCCGUAUUUAUAAGUGUCGGGUCGGGGCGGGCUGUGGGCGCGGCGUCCCUGGCGCAUAUCGUAGGCAGUGUACCGUGGCCGUGCCGUCAGCGUGUGCGUGUGCGUGUGUGCCGUGUCGAGGCCGUGUAGAGUGCAUUGUACAGCAUAUUUUCAUGAAUAAAAUUGUUUUAAAUAUUU